AUCGCAGCGUACCACACCAAGGUUAUGAACCAAUCAUAUUUCUUCGUUUAUGAUUUUCCACAUGACCAAAUGAACAUGCGUUGAAAUUUUCCUUCCUUUUUUACAAGCACGUUGUCAGUGGUCGCAUAUUUUUGGUUCUUUUACGAAGAGAAAGCUCGCUUUAAACCGUUGAAAAUGAGCGAAAAUGAGAUGAAAUCGAUGGAAGAAGACAACGAAGUAGAAACCUUCGCCUUUCAGGCAGAAAUCGCUCAAUUGAUGAGCUUGAUUAUCAAUACUUUUUACUCCAACAAGGAAAUUUUUCUGAGAGAACUCAUCUCGAAUGCGUCUGAUGUAAGUAUAUAAAUUUGACACCACCCUGGUCGGUUAUAUGCCUUUUUAUAUGCUUUAAUAUUCUACAGAACUUGUAGUUUAGUUAAAUACUUUGUUAUACUAAUGUAGAAUUAUAUUUGGGCGUUUAAACCGGCAUAUUUUUGGCCCUCUAUACGAAAUUUGGCAUGUAAUAAUGCGUAAGCGGUUUCGCUUUGCGACAAAGCCUUGCAUAAUGUCUUGCGGUUAUUUGGCUUUUCUGUUUAAAUAUUAAAGCAAUGGCUAUUCAUAAUAAACUAAAGCUACUUCUGAAUAUGUUUAUGUGUAAACGGGUACCAAACAGGUACCAAACUUAUGUACAAUUUUAUAUAAGCACAGCUGAGCAAUUUGAUUAUUUUAUCGACAUGCCUUCAUAUGUUUAAAAGAUGGCCAUAAUUGUUUCAGCCUUGCCAAUUUUGACCAAGUUUACUUAAGCUAUAUAGAUUUGCCCAAAUUCGAAAGGAAUUAGUCCCUCAAUUGGACUAAAAAGCAAAAUGUACAGAUUUUGGCAGGCCACGUGCAUGGCCAAUGGCCCGCAGGGGAUUUAGAUUUUCAGCCACAAUAUUUGGGCAUAUGGUCAUCUUAAUCUUUCUUAUUAUUCUUAUUAUAGAAAGUAGUGUUUAGUAAGUUUGUAUAAAAAAUUGGUGAUAGAAAUGAAAACGUUUUGACUUUUAAAUUGCAUUUUCUUGAUUUUCAAUAUUGGGCAUGGCUGUCUAUUGUUAAUUAAACCAUAUAGUACCUUUCCUAGCUCAUCUUUUCAUGGCAUUUAAAUAUGGAUUUACUGCUUUUCAUGUUGGUUUUGGCCACAAGAGGCAAGCUACCAAAUACACAUGGCAAGAAAAUCAAUUGUAGUUCAACUUUCACAAAUUAUACACCAUAAGCAUGAAAAUGGACUGUCACACAAGAUACCUACCGUACAACACAUGUUCAAACCAGACUAUGCCAGAUCCAGAAAAUGGUAUCCGGUAAAAAGUAGACAUUUUCUUAGUAUCCAGUUAGGCUACAAGUCGUUCACAGUUUGACAUCCAAAACCAAAUAUUAGUAUUCCGUGGAUAUCGACCCUGUCCCUGACUGCUAUCCAGUAGACUACUGUCUGGUAUCCAACAAAACAGUAUAUCUGGCCCAUCCCUACAAGUUUCACAUCUAUUUUUAAUUUACCUUCGUAUAUUGCAAUUUGUGCUUAGGAGAACAACAAGUUCACUUGUCACAAGCUCACUAAUCAGACAGUAAAGUUACAAUAACCUGUCAUAAUCUUGUAAAAAAAUAAUUGGCCAUUCCAGAAAACAUCUCAUCUCUACAAGGUGAUUGCCCUUUCACAUGGACAUCCCAAGAACAUUUUACCCUUCCUCUUACAAAAAUAGAUUCCCCACUCUUUCAUUUAUUUAAAAAGAUAAAAACAUAUAUACCGCUUUCUACACACUAAAAAUUAGUCUGGCGAUCAUACUAGUUUCAUUCCUCGUACCUUUUCAAUUUGCUGUGCUGGUGUAAUGUACUCAGGUGAAUAAGAUGUUUGUGCGAUGUUACUCUGAGUGCAUAUCCACACUGGGCAGGCUUGAAAAAUAUGCCUGGCCACAGCGGGGUUGGAAGAGCAUUGGGCUAGUAUUCCAAAGGUCGUAGGUUCGAAUCCCGCCGUGGCCAGGCAUAUUUUUCAAGCCUGCCCGGUGUGGAUAUGCACUCAGAUUAACAUCGCACAAACAUCUUUUCAACUUAUCGCCAUUGUGUUUGUUGUUGUGUUGAUUUCUGGAACAACCCAUUGCCCAGCAAGCACACUGUAUGUAAAUGAGGAGUCAGAAAAUAAAAUUUUAAAAAUAUAUAUAAGUGCUAAUCUUUCAUCUUUGAAAACAGAGGAACAAAAACAGAGCAAAUUGUUGGGAAGCAGUUGGCUGUUUUAAGUAAAUGAAAUUUAGCAGAUUUACAUAGGUUUACAGUUUUAUAGACAAAUAUUAAGUACAUUGUACAAUAUCACCCUUGCAAAGUAUGAAAAUAGUAAAAUUAUGUGAGAUUCAACAAAAGUAGUUGGAUUAUGAAAGCAUGAAAAUAGGUCCUCUUUUUAAUAUUUUUUUGACAGGCCUUGGAUAAAAUCCGUUACCAAAGCUUGACAGAUCCUUCAAAACUCGACGAUUGUAAGGACAUGAAAAUCGAAAUCAUCCCAAACAAAGACGACAACACUCUGACCAUUAUUGAUACAGGAAUUGGCAUGACCAAGGCUGAUCUUGUCAAUAACUUGGGUACAAUUGCCAAGUCUGGUACUAAAGCUUUUAUGGAAGCCUUGCAGGUAUGAAUUGAGGUUUUGCUGUGUGGUAAAUUGUGGUAAAUACUAUUACCGGUAGUAGUAUCUAGUUUAUAAUCUGUGAAUAUAUUCUUAGAUUUGCAGUAUUUAUUUAGGAGUUUUUUAGGACUUUUAGUUACUACUUGAAGUACAGUGUGUUUUACUCCUUAUUUUACAAAACCACCAUACAAUUAAAUUUGAAAAGCAAAGUGAGUUUUUAAGAUUUUAAUAUUGUGUAUUCAGUGGCAAUGGUGCAGCCCGUUUAUUCUUGCACUUCAGCCAAGAAAGUUGAUUUUGUAUUACACUUUAGCCCACAAAAUUAAAUCAUUGUAAGUUGUGUCACUCUGUCAUCUCUUCAAAAGUUCCAGUGCAGUAAAAAUGAAGGUGUUUGAAUUUAAUUUGUGACUUGAAAAUAAAUUUUCCCCAUUGUUUUAAUAUAUUUCUACCAUGUUGCAGUCUGGUGCUGACAUUUCUAUGAUUGGUCAAUUUGGUGUUGGUUUUUACUCUGCUUAUUUGGUUGCUGAGAAGGUCAUUGUCCACACGAAACACAAUGAUGAUGAACAGUACAUCUGGGAAUCUUCAGCUGGUGGAUCUUUCACUGUUGCUAGAGAUGAUUCUGAAAUGUAUGGUCGUGGUACGAAGAUUAUUCUCUACAUGAAAGAAGAUCAAACUGAAUAUCUUGAAGAUAAGAGAGUGAAAGAUGUUGUGAAGAAACACAGUCAGUUUAUUGGUUAUCCCAUUGUAUUGAAGGUUUGUUGUGCACAUUCAUGCCACAAAGGUUAUAGGCCCUGACCACAAAAUAAUUGAACAGAAUUAAGGAAACACCUAGGAAACACAGAUAAAACUAGCUGUAACUUCCAAAGCAAAACUAGCUGUAACUUUCAAGGCUAACUAAGUCUGUUGGUCUGAAAAAUUAUAAAUGUAGAAGGGAAGGUUAACAAUAUAUAAGAAAUAAAGUAGAAAUACACUACUACAAGAUGCUAAACACUAUUACGGCAUAUUGGCUCACAGGGUUCUCUAUAGUUGUGAGUGGGACAGGUAAAACAGGUUUUUCAACAGGUAUAAGCAUCAAGUCGGCGAAGUCGCACCUAUACAAACCUCUAGGGGGUCUGGGGUAUACCAACGGAAAAUUUUGAAAUCUGAAAUGGUAUUUCCUGCAUUUUGAGGGAAGAUUUAAACUUUUAUAGAAUACUAAAGAUUAUAAUUCUAAACACACGCCAAUUUAAUUACUCAGGCCCACGCUGGGUUGAUAAUAUAAUCAUUCCGCCAAAAAAUUUUGUUCACAGAUCGGGUUUAUAGGAUAUUUCUGUAUUCAAUCUAUCGAUGCUAAAUAAUUAAUAUUGUGGAAUUUCAGCAAUACUUGAUUGAUUGAUUAUUAAAGGAAUACCGAAUGGUUUUCCGUGCAGGAUUGUGUGAUCCAUGCACGAGGGAUGUCGCGAGACUUUCGGAAAGCGUAAAAAUACUCGAGCUGCAGGCGAGUGUAUUUUGACACUUUUCCAAAAGUCGAGCAACAUCCCAAGUGCAUGGAUUACGCUAUCCUGCUUGGAAAACCAUUUGGUAAUUGUUUUAUAAAAUAACUGCAGUGAAACUAUGACAUUUUGAAAAUCCCGCGAAGGCAUUAUAAUUCCUCGUGCAGGAUAGCCUGAUCCUGCACGACUAUUGACCAAUAAAAUUGCGUGUUUCACUGUAGUUAUUAUAUAAAGGAUUUUCUCACACCUUAUUACUAAUUAUUUCUUAUCAAAUGUACACAAACGUAUAUUUAACUUGGGCUUCUCCAGGCGGUAAUCAGUGCUCGUGGAAACGGUAAAUUUUACCGGUUACCGCCUGAUAAGGAGAACCCUGGGCUCAGUUCCCUCAAACAUUUUUUACAAAUUCUUCAAAACUUAGAAUUUACCCAUGCAAAAUUACUACUGUGAUCACAGAAACUUUGACAGUGUAAACCAGUCUUAAAACUUUGGAAUGUUGGGGUGAUGAUAUAUUAAUCUUUCCAGGUUCAAAAAGAACGUGAAAAAGAGGUGAGCGAUGAUGAAGAUGAAGAUGAGGAUAAAAAAGAGGGAGAAGAGGAAGAGAAAAAAGAAAAUGGAGAAGCUGAAGCCGAAGAAGAUGGUGAGAAAGAGAAGGCAAAAAUUGAAGAUCUCGAUGAAGAUGCUGACAAAGAAGGUACAGUAAACAGGGCUUAAAAUGUACAGUUUCCCAAUAUCCAUGGGUUACCUGGGGCCAGUUGUAUAAAAAAGUGAUUAAAGUUAACUAUAGUUAAGUGGAAACGUCAUCCAAUAAGAAGCGCCUAUUUGGGAGUUAAUCACUAUUUAACUACAAAAUAGUGAUUAAUUAGGAGUUUUAUACAACCGGCCCCAGAUAUUAAGUUUGGGUACUAGUAAACAUUAAAAAAGCUCGUACAUUGGGACAGUAAACAAAUUGGUCUUGUCCAACAAAAGGUUUUCUCCCAACGAAAGGCAGCCACUACAGAAAUUUUAUCUAGAAUAUCUAUUAUUCAAAUGUGGGAUACCAAAUUUUCUGGGUGGAUACCUGGGGCCGGUUGUAUAAAAGUCUUAAUCACUUUUUUAAUCACUAUUUUGUGGUUAAAUAGUGAUUAACUCUGAUAUACGCGUUUCUUAUUGGAUGACGUUUCCACUAGCUAUAGUUAACUUUAAUCACUUUUUUAUACAACCGGCCCCAGAUUUCAAGUUUCUAGUGUCCCAUUGGGUAGUGCUGAAAAUUUCAAAAUUUUGGCCUUGGUAAAAACUUUUUACUUAGUUGAAGUUGAAAGCAAGUUUUAAUAACAGUUGCAUGUACACUUCUAAGGUGCCUUACUUAAUACUAGUGCAUAUCAUCUGGCAUCAUAUUACUCGCAUAUUCCUGCUUUAAAUAUUCUUAAAUUCAAUAAUGCAGUCAAUAAUGUGCAGUAGUAAAAGUCAUUAAUGCAGUCAACUUCCCCACAGGAGAUGAAAAGAAAAAGAAGAAGAUUAUGGAAAAAUACAUCGAUGAAGAAGAAUUAAAUAAGACCAAGCCGUUGUGGAUGAGAAAUCCAAAUGAUAUCACUAGCGAACAAUAUGCAGAGUUUUACAAGAGUCUUACUAAUGAUUGGGAAGAACAUCUUGCUGUCAAGCAUUUCUCUGUGGAAGGUCAACUUGAGUUCCGCGCCAUACUCUUUGUUCCAAAACGUGCUCCGUUCGAUCUGUUCGAAAACCGCAAGAAGAGGAAUAACAUUAAGCUGUAUGUCCGAAGAGUUUUCAUCAUGGAUACAUGCGACGAUCUGAUUCCAGAAUAUCUGAAUUUCGUCAAGGGCGUAGUUGAUUCCGAAGAUUUGCCGCUAAACAUCUCCCGCGAGACCUUACAACAAAGCAAGAUCUUGAAAGUGAUCCGUAAGAACCUCGUCAAGAAGUGUAUGGAGCUUUUCCACGAAGUUGCCGAAGAUAAAGAUAACUACAAGACCUUCUAUGAGCAGUUCUCCAAAAACCUCAAGCUUGGAAUGCACGAAGAUAGCACCAACCGGGCAAAAAUGGCUGAGUUAUUGCGUUACCACACUUCAUCUAGUGAUGAAAUGACCUCUUUGAAGGACUAUGUCUCGCGUAUGAAAGAAGCCCAAAAGGAUAUCUACUAUAUCACUGGUGAGUCCAAAGAUCAAGUUGCAAAUUCCGCUUUUGUUGAGCGAGUAAAGAAGCGUGGUUUCGAGGUUCUCUACAUGACGGAGCCUAUUGAUGAAUACUCCAUCCAGCAAUUGAAGGAGUAUGAUGGCAAGAAGCUGGUAAGUGUCACAAAAGAAGGUUUGGAGUUGCCAGAAGAUGAUGAAGAAAAGAAGAGACGCGAGGAACAGAAGGCCGCUUUUGAAGAACUCUGCAAGGUAAGUGACUAAGUGGUUACAAAAUUUUGACAAUGUGACACCUACUGUACUUUAACAAAACCAAAUGCCGUUCCGCACACAAAAGGGAUGAUCUAUAAUUGUUUGGAACUUCGUCAGUGCAGAUAAUAAAAGAGAAGGUUUUUUUAUAAAUUGAUAUGAUUUUGAGAAAGAAAAUCGCUGAUUUUUUCAUUGUGUAGCUUAUCAAAGAAAUUCUUGACAAGAAAGUUGAAAAGGUCAUACUCUCCAACCGUCUGGUUUCGUCACCUUGCUGUAUCGUGACAAGUCAGUAUGGAUGGUCUGCUAACAUGGAGCGUAUCAUGAAGGCACAGGCACUCCGCGAUUCAAGCACCAUGGGUUAUAUGGCAGCGAAGAAACACCUGGAAAUCAACCCGGAUCAUUCUAUCAUCAAGGCAUUGAACAAGAAAGUUGCUGAAGAUAAAAACGACAAGUCUGUUAAAGAUUUGGUUCAUUUGUUAUUUGAAACAUCCUUGCUUUCGUCCGGCUUCACGCUCGAUGAACCACAAGUUCAUUCAGCUCGUAUAUAUAGAAUGAUCAACCUUGGGUUGGGAAUCGACGAAGAUACAACUGAAGGUAAUACGUUUUGACAGGGUAGGCUACGGUACAUACAACACGUGUUACGUACAACCAAUCCUAAAGACCUAAACUUCGUUUCCCUCUCAACACAACGUUCAACGUUUUACCCAAAUUAUGUAUUUGUAGCCAAAAUACAGCGCCUUUUUGACGUCUUUAUGGAUAUUACCCGUUCUUAGGCCUGUAUAAGACUUGAUGUUAACUUGGAUGUUCACGCCUGAAAUGAUAUCGAUACAUGUAUGUGUGGCCCAACUAGGGUUAUCUGGAGCUGGCGAUCCCCCAGUGUGCAAAUAAAAAGUAUAUACCGCAACACGCGUUUGUAAUACGUAAACAGGUUGUUUACCUGUCUAUCUUCAUCUUCUAAUUUUUACGUCUUACCGUUUCAGAAGACGCUGGAAAUGAAGAUGACAUGCCACCACUGGAAGAAGGAGGUGACGAAGAUUCUAGCAAAAUGGAAGAGGUCGAUUGAACAUAAUCCAUAAUUGAAACGUUUUCCAAACCAGAAAGAUAAUUUUUGUUUGCCCCCUAACCAUAACAUAAUAUAGGUCUCUAUUAAAGUUAUGACCAAUAGAUCAACUCUCUUAAUCCUUAGAUGUCGCCGUUUAGUCUUCGUUGUGACCGUUCUUCUUGUAACCGUGAGUCUUCCUAUUCCAACAUUAGCUUUCUGUAUGUUAGAAAUGAUAUUUAACGUACUUCCGCAAAACAUUGAGUUUUAGUUAUGCUUGGCAUUGAACAUUUGAUUUAUCAGUCUAGGUGAAUAAAAAUAAUCAAAAGAAAUUUUGUGUUGUGUCAUUGUCUGAACUGUAGAUACCAUAUUUUGGUAUUCCUGACCUAAACCAAAUUUGUAUGUCAUUGCUCCAAUCUUAUUUGCAAG